AUGUGUACUAAAGUUGAACAUGGGGUAGAUGACAGUCUUCCUCCAUCACUGAGUAAAAAGGCACUAAGUUUUAUGUCAAAAGAAAGUGUCAAGGACAAGACUCUUGAGGAGGUUGUCCCUUUAUUUAUUGAGCACUGUCAGUUGUCUUCUGAGCAGGUACAACAAGUAGAGACUUCGACAAGAGGUCAACAUACCAAUAAGAUGUGGUUUGAACAAAGAUCUGGCAGAAUAACUGCAUCUAAAUUUCAUGAAGUUUCAACAAAAACAGAGUCAAUCAUGAAGAAAAGAGGUAAGACAGCCAUUAAAUAUUCCCCUAUGGUCUCCCAGCUGCUUGGUAAGUCAGUUGACAUAUCUCAUCUGCCAGCAAUUGCAUGGGGUCAAACACAUGAGAAGGAUGCCAUACAAGCAUUCCUCUCAGCCAGUCAACAUGUAGAUGGAUUACAUGGUUUUCACUCAUGUGGUUUAUUUGUGAAGUCUGUUACCAUAUCUUGCUGGCUCCCCAGAUGGCAUAUUUACUUGCCGUUGUUAUCCCCCAUCUACCAUUGAGGUAAAAUGCCCAUAUUCAGUUAGGGACAGUGAUAUUUUUGCAAAGGAUGUUCACAAGAAGGUUUGAUUUUUUGGAACUAGUUGAGGGUGAGUUGGUGUUGAAAAGAUCACACAAAUACUAUUCACAGGUUCAAGGACAAAUGUGGAUAUGUGGUGUGCAACAAUGUUACUUCAUUGUGUGGACACAGGUAAACAAACCUCUGUAUGAAAAAAUAUACUUUGAUCAGAUAUACUUUGAGACACUUGUAAAUAAUUUAACUAUAUUUUACAAAACAUAUGUUUUGCCAUAUUUAUUAUGUUUUAGGGAACUGCGAGAGUGUCCACAUUGUGAGAAAGUUAUCUUACAUGAAUCCGAAAUCAACAAUCCGGAACAGGAAUGCAACAUUUCUUGUUGCAGUUGCAACACAUGCUGGCAUCUCUCAUGUGCCCAGCUAACAAAAAGAACUGCUGACCGGUUAAGCUCAUGGACAUGCUUUAAUUGCCUUUCUGAUGCAUGUGGUUUGAAUGGUGACAACUUUGAUGAAGUUGAUACCAUCAGCGAAAAGAGCAUCGAUGAUGAAAAAAGCAUUGAUGAUGUUGGUGCAAGUACCAGUGCUGCAUCAGAGAAAUCAGUCAUUCCUUUUAUUAAUGUUUGUUCUGUUUGUUCAGAUGAUACUAUCCCUGUGGGUGGAAUGCACAUUUGUUCUCUUUGUAGGGGGAAAGUUCAUGCAUG